UCUAAAAAAUCCUUCAUGGUAUCAGAGCCUCGUGCUCUUUUUCUAUUUUGUUCUUUCUUCUGAUGAUGUCGUAUAAGUCGUUGACGACCGACGCCAGAAGAAAUCCUACCGGCUCUUCUGGUACUUCCGAAACCAUUAUGUCCAAUCUCACUAUUCCUCCCAAGUUUGUAUUUGCUGAUUACUAUUCCCAAAAUUCAGCCCUUUAUCUCACGGUUACAAAACUCAAUGGGCGUAAGAAACUAUGGUGCGAACAUUGCAAAAAACCGUGGCAUACGAAGGAGACGUGUUGGAAGAUUCAUGGUAAACCAGCAAAUUGGAAGCCAAAAUCCAAAUGUGAUAGUCACACCUACCAAGCCACUGCUGAAGAGACUCAGGAACCUUCUACCAACUCGGAUGCAAUCCCUUUUGCCAAGGAGCAAUUAGAGCAUUUGUACAAAUUGUUUCAAUCUCCGAAGUUGUCCUUAACUCCGUCUUGUUCUUUGGUACAGAAGGGUAACUCUCUUGCUACUGCGUUUUUAGGUGUUAUUCCUGAUUCUGUUCAUUCUUGGAUAAUUGAUUUUGGCGCGACUAAUCAUAUGACUGGUUGCUCCAAGUUUUUUUCAUCCUAUAGUCCGUGUGCAGGCAAUAAGAAGGUCAAAAUUGCAGAUGGUUCACUCUCGGAAUUGACCACAGGGAGGAUGAUUGGCAGUGCUACAGAAAAAGAUGGACUCUCUUAUUUUGACAAUGGACCUAACUCGAGUAGACAAUGUCAAAGUACUUAAAUUCUGUUUCCGUUUUCAAAGAUAAUGAUAUCAUGUUAUGGCAUUAUAG